AUGGAUGUGGGCAGCCGGACGGUCGUCGUGAAGCAGCUGGUCGCGCUGGACCCGCAGAGCUGCUACGACGCCUUCCUGCGCAAGGUUUGGAAGGAGGGUGCGGGCCUUGGCACGCCGCAGAUUUUGGAGGAGGGAGAUCCAGAAACCGGCGUGGACUGUGUCCGCCAAGUGGCGCUGGGCAUUGUCGAACACAUCUUGCAAGGGCAGCGCGGCGACCACUUGGAGUAUGUCAUUGAAGCAGGGCCCUGGCCCACCAGCUACAACCGUGCCCGCGUGGACUUCGUGGAAGAGUCGCAGGGUGGGACGUGCGUCACGUGGACCUCCAACUUCACACCUUCCUUGUUUGGGUCUGGGCCCUUGUUGUCCUUCACCAUCCGCACGUCCUUCCAGACGAUGUUGAGGAGCUUGGCUGCGUGA